AUGUCGUUCUUCAAUUUUCGAAAAAUCUUCAAGUUGGGGUCUGAUAAGAAGAAGAAACAGUAUGAGCACGUACACAGAGACGAGAACCCGGAGGAAAUCUGGGAGAUUAUUGGGGAACUGGGAGAUGGGGCCUUUGGGAAAGUGUACAAGGUAAUAAGAACGGUUUUAUUCCCUUUCAGUAUAAAAGCCAUUAAGGUCAAGCCUGUUACUCAUGAUACCUUCAUACAGGAAGUUCUACUGAGAGACAUAACUCAACCCCUCCUAUCAUCAGCAUGUCAAAAAUGAUUUUUUUUCUCCAAAUUGAGUUCAUGGCCCAUCUCAUUUUGUCAUUUUUGUUCACCUUUGACAUGUCAAAUACUAGGCUACCUCAACAUGAAAUAUUGCAAGACUCAUAUUGCCUGCCUAAAGCAGAACUUUUUUUUACAGAUGAAUUUUUCUAUGAAUGAAUAUUGAAUAUGGUAGUAGUAUCCUUACUGAAUUAUACAUUACUGGUAAACGAUGACAUUUUCAAUGCUCGUCUAUGUCGACAUUCAGUUUUCAAGGAGUGGCUCUCCUAGAAAGUCAACGGGGCCUCCAUAAUGAUAGGGUGGGUUUUAAGUGCAAAUAAAAGGGUUCAAGUUCAUACUCCCAGAACAGCAGUGCAGUGGGGUAUGAAAAUCCUCAUGGCUAGUUGGGAAGGGAAACUCUUAGGCUGCAAAACAAAUCAGAAUAGUUCACAUAGAUACACCAGUGAUCCGAGAAGAGCUUAUUGUUGACUGUGAAGAUGAGAGCAAUAUGGAUUACUUGAGGGUGUGAGUUGCAGGCAGUAAACCUCAUAGGAAACAGGAUGCAGUUGAAUAGUUACCUAGAUAAGGAGGCCUUAUCAAUCAGAAAGGUCCCAGCAGUGUAGACACAUCAUUAGUGAACAGGUACUUUGUUGACAUAGCCCAGGGGGGAGCAGGAUGGGCGUUAAUACCAUGGACUGUACUGUAGCAGGUUCUCAUGUCAGAAGUAUGUGGGUGGAAAUGUGUGAUAAUGAGUAAAUGAGGGAUACAAAGUAUAUACAGGUGCUUACACACAGGUGUGUUUCCUGAGUUAAUUAAGCAAUGAACAUCCCAUCAUGCUUAGGGUCAUGUAUAAAAAUGCUGCGCCUGAGACAGUGUUUUUCAUCACCAUCAACAAAACACCAAAUUAUGGAAUUUAUUGUAAAAUAAUGGUGUCACAUCCCUCCAAUAGAGUUCCAGACACUUGUAGAAUCUAUGGCAAGACACAUUGAAGCUAUUCUGGCUCGUGGUGGCCCUAUGCCCUAUUAAGACACUUUAUGUUGAUGUUUCCUUUAUUUUGGCAAUUACCUGUAGAUUACCAGUUGUAUUAGUCUAUUCUUGGCUCUGGGGCUAGUAAUCUAAAUCAUUCAAUAGUCGUGAUGCUUAUUUAGGCCUGAACAUUACUCUGUCAGGGUUGGGACCAGCACACAGAGAGGUAGAACUGUUAAUGAUUUACCUCCUACUGUACUUUCUUCAUUACCUCCUACUGUACUUUCUUCAUUACCUCCUACUGUACUUUCUUUGUUGUCUUGUUAUCUUUGGGACUGGUGUCAUCUUUGACCUAGUCAGCAAGAUAGAGCAGAGGGAAUAGCACUUUUGUUGUUGACUUGUUCAUAGAUGGUAUUUACAUUUACGUAAUUUAGCAGACGCUCUUAUCCAGAGAGGGGGGGGGGGGGGGGGGGUAGAAGGAUUACUUUUAUACUAUUCCAGGUAUUCCUUAAAGAGGUAGGUUUUCAAGUUUGGGGUGCCAGAGCAGCGAAUAGCUUUGACUGGGCUGAGCGGGAACUGUGCUUCCGUAGAGGUAGGGGGGCUAGCAGGCCAGAGGUGGAUGAACGUAGUGCCCUCGUUUGGGUGUAGGGUCUGAUCAGAGCCUGAAGGUAAGGAGGUGCCGUUCCCCUCACAGCUCCGUAGGCAAGCACCAUGGUCUUGUAGUAGAUGCAAGCCUCAACUGGAAGCCAGUGGAGUGUGCAGAGGAGCGGGGUGACAUGAGAGAACUUGGGAAGGUUGAACACCAGACGGGCUGCAGCGUUCUGGAUAAGUUGUAGGGGUUUAAUGGCACAGGCAGGGAGCCCAGCCAACUGCGAGUUGCAGUAAUCCAGACGGGAGAUGACAAGUGCCUGGAUUUGGACCUGUGCCGCUUUCUGUGUAAGGUAGGGUCGUACUCUGCGAAUGUUGUAGAGCAUGAACCUGCAGGAUCGGGUCACCGCUUUGAUGUUAGCGGAGAACGACAGGGUGUUGUCCAGGGUCACGCCAAGGUUCUUUGCACUCUGGGAGGAGGACACAAUGGAGUUGUCAACCGUGAUGGCGAGAUCAUGGAGCGGGCAGUCCUUCCCCGGGAGGAAGAGCAGCUCCGUCUUGCCGAGGUUCAGCUUGAGGUGGUGAUCCGACAUCCACACUGAUAUGUCUGCCAGACAUGCAGAGAUGCGAUUCGCCACCUGGUUAUCAGAAGGGGGAAAGGAGAAAAUGAAUUGGGUGUCUGCGUAGCAAUGAUAGGAGAGACCAUGUGAGGAUAUGACAGAGCCAAUUGACUUGGUGUAUAGAGAGAAUAGGAGAGGGCCUAGAACUGAGCCCUGGGGGACACCAGUGGUGAGAGCACGUGGUAUCUGCUAGCGGAACUUUGAUGACCAAGAGAAAAAUCUAAACGUAAUGUCUAAUGUAAACAAAUUGUUCUCGCAUGCGCAUGUUCCGGUAUUCUAUAGGUCAGAAGUCUUUUAUGCAGUCCUUGGAGCCUUCAGUUUCUGCUGAUUCUCUCCUUUUCCUGGAACUUAACUGAUCAAAUUAUGUUAGUGAUUAGCCAGUGAGUCAAUUUGCCCCGGUUACCCAAGUCUUCAUUAGCUGAUUAGGAGGCAAUGAUGAAAGCCAGGACUGGAGACACUGCAGCCCUCAAACAGAGUUGGGGAAAACUGACGUACUCAGUCAUGCGUUCUAAUGUCUCUGUCAACAUAAGAACAUCUUUGGUGUAUCUAAACUGGAUAUCUUUUGUCAUUAGUAAACACAUCAUGUCAAUUGUUUCAGUGAGCUCCACUCAAAUGCGCAGUGGUCUAAGGCACUGCAUCUCAGUGCUAGAGGCGUCACUACAGACCCCCUGGUUAGAUUCCAGGCUGUAUCACAACCGGCCGUGAUUGGGAGUCCCAUAGGACGCUGGGCACAAUUGGCCCAGCAUCGUCCGGGUUUGGCCAGUGUAGGCCGUCAUUUUAAAUAAGAAUUUGUUCUUAACUGACUUGCCUAGUUAAAUAAAGGUAAAAUAAAAAAUAAAAAGAUUGUACUUAUAAUUCCUAUCCACUCACAGUCAUGGAAUGUAGUAAGUUGAGUUUGCCCUAAUGGUUAACAAUAACCAAUCACUUGACCAAAUCUGUUACCAUGUAAUGACAAUAUCAAACCCUGUACACUAUUAUCUGUCAUCCCUUGGCCUACAACUGUUAUUCCACACUACUGUACCUUAAAAGAUCAUUUUGCUUUUUCACAACCAAAUCUCUAUUUGUUGUGGUCCUCUGUAGCUCAGCUGGUAGAGCACGGCGCUUGUAACGCCAAGGUAGUGGGUUCGAUCCCCGGGACCACCCAUACACAAAAAAAAUGUAUGCACACAUGACUGUAAGUCGCUUUGGAUAAAAGCGUCUGCUAAAUGGCAUAUUAUUAUUAUUAUUAUUAUUUUGUAAAAGGAUCCAUAUACUUAUUUUGCGAUUUCACUUGUUUUUGAGAGACUUAGCCCAACCAGCGAUUCACUUCCUCAUCCUCAUUGUGCACUACAGGGGCUCUGAAAAAACAUGAACAAAUGCUCCAAAAACGCCCUAAUACGUCCUUUUAGAAACGUAAAAGCUCUCAGUAUAGUGAUGCUGGUCUUUAGAUGUUGUACACAUUAAAUUGUUUCAUUCCAUACUUUAUCCGCAACGUUAUAUUCCAUUUUGUUGCAAAUCAAUCUGUAUUUGGGUGUUUUUGGAGCAUUUGUUCAUGUUUUUUCAGAGCCCCUGUAUGGCACAAUGAGGAUGAGGAAUUGAAUCGCUGGUUGUGGUAAGUUUCUCAAAAACAAGUGAAAUCGCAAAAAAAGUGUCUGGUCCCUUCUAUAUUACAUGCCAUUUACAUCAAAAAUAGAGAUUUGGUAUUUAAAAAAAAAAGCCAAAUUCUCCUUUAUCAUAUUACAGCCCUGUGGUGGGUGUGUCACACUGAGGUGUGGUGGUGUUAGAGGCGGCAGCAGUGGGUGAAUCAGCUGGCUGGGUCUGGGAGGAGGGGGAUUCUUGGCAUUCAGCCUGAGUCACAGCUCUGAGCUCACCCCAUGACAAACCGUGGAGCACAGCCGCUGUAGUGGGUGUGAGGACAUGCCAUAGCUCCCUGUCACAACAGCUAACACAAACAACUGAUAGCCCUCUAUUCACAUAGCUAGGUUACUUUCCCCUUCAUCAUUUGAGAGAGCAAUACCUUCCCUUCUGCUUGCUUGGGGCUGUGCUCAUUCAUGCUUCUUUAAUGUAAAUCUCUGGACCUGUUUUGAUUUGGUCUUCUUGCCAGUUUCCUUGUUAUGCUUUGCUAAAGGUCAGACUGUUUCUUGGAUAUGAACCAUCAGAGUUCUUGAUGGAAUGUGAAGGCUGAUGCCCAGUAGAACUGAGGUCAUAGAGCCCAUUAAAAUAGGUAGGCAAAUAUCCCCAGCAUCACAGGUAUGAGCUCGUGUUGAAUGUGUGACCGCUGAGGCUAGGGCAGGCGAUGCCUGGUACAGACAAAGAAAGGGAGUGACUGUGUAAAUAUAAAGUCUGAUGCAGUUCGCUACACUGACACUCCCUCCCUCCUUCAUUUUCCUUAACUCCACUAGUUUGGCUCUGUAUCCAUAAACAUUAAGGCCAAAGCUUAGCUCAAAAUAGCAGCCCAGUCUGCUAAUGAGAGAGAGGAAGUGGAGAAUGUCAUUCUUCCCAUUAAAUGUCUUCCUUUUCAACCAGGUCAAGCCUUUGCAAGUAGCCAAAGGAACAUGCAUGUAUCUAUAUGCUUUUGACCAAUACACAUGGUUGCUCGUUUAUGCUUCCUAAAGCCAUAAGCUAAUACCUUUUCUAUAUAUCUAAUCUAACUUUUAGCUUGAGCUGGAUCCUAAAUCCCUUGGUUUUAUUGUAAUUAUCUGCUGUCAACAUUUGUCUGUUUUAUGACUCCUGGUUACAAUAACUUUUAACUAUCAUGACCAUUUUGUUGUUUGUUGUUUUCUUAGAAAACUGCACCUUUUGAUAUUAAACAUGAUAUAAAAUAUGUUUAGGUAAUUUUUUUUACAGUAGUUAUCACCAAGGAUAGAUAGCAUAGCUUGGGCAUGUGGUACCAGUUGUUCCUAUGCGUUUCCUUUCCGGAACAGUUAACCUUGAUAGUCUGUUAGGCUAGUAAAUACAGUUUAGCUAUCUGUUUUUUCCAGAGACUCCACACUGUAAUUGUCCUGACCACAGAUGGGAAUUGGGCCUCUCCUCAAGCUGAUUUUCCUGCAAAUAUAAAGCCUCUUUCUUAUGUUUUUGUGUCUGUAUGAUGAAAUACAUUUACAGAAAGAUGUGACCUUUAGAAAAUUGCCUUCAGCUGCACUACCAUAAACCACUCCAAUGCUAAAUGCUCCAACUCCAAAACGGCAGUGGCCUUUUCAUGUUAUCGUUACCGUUCAUAAAUGUCUUUACGUUAACCACUAUCCAUUAGUACGGCUAAUAAUCUGCAGCGCUUUUUCUGCCGUGUGAGUUUGAUCGAAUGGCGCUUCUUGUCAGGAGAAUACAUUCACUCAUUUCCCUUUUCGUUGUCUUUGUUGUUUUAGGCCCAGAACAAGCAGACUGGGACCCUGGCUGCUGCCAAGGUGAUCGAUACCAAGACAGAGGAGGAGCUGGAGGAUUAUAUGGUGGAGAUUGACAUUCUGGCCUCCUGCGAUCACCGUUACAUAGUCAAACUGCUGGAUGCCUUCUAUUAUGAAAGUAAACUGUGGGUAAGUGGGCUCCCUCUGGAGGAGUUGGGUUUCUCAGAUGUGGAGAACAGGGCCACUUAGUGUUCACAGUUCACACCACUCACACACUUGUGUGCAUACUCAUGAUCCUGCUAAGGUGGGGGAGUUCACCGUCUAACACUUGAGAAACCUCAAUCUAUAUGCACCUUACACAAGUCAAAAAUGAUGAUAUUUCUCAUUUAUAUACAAACCAGUGCUUUAUAGAUUAACCUUACGAUUCAAAUAAGGUCGCCUCACAUUCUCUUAUCAAUGUCGCACCUUAUUCUCUCUCAAGCCCCAGACUUCACAUAGGGAUAGUGCUGAGCGAUACAUAUUUUUAUUAUUAUUAAAUAACUAAUUGACUAAUGUCGGUUCAAUUACUUGAAUUCCAUUUAGUUCUUAUUUUUGUGUGAGCCCAAUGUGCCGUUUCUCUAGAGAGAAAUCAGAUAAUUCACAAGAGAAAUCAAGUCAAGAACUAUGUGGGACACUGGGUUGAAGGGAGUUGUAGUUUUCAUUAAACAAAUAUUCAACCUAGUUCAGCGCAGAAAUGUGGAAAUUAACUACAAUGACCAUCCAUGGCGCUGGUUCUUUCGGAUACACUUUUACGCCUGCUACGUAAGGUUAGAUACACACAGACUGCAUGAUAGAGGAAUGUACACAACACACCGAUGAGAGGCAUAGAGACUGUUCGUGAAAGUUUACCUUUUCUACUUUAAAGAACUAGAACAAUUAUCUUGUCAGACAGCUCUGCAGCAUACUUAGGCAGUCUAGCCUAGCUAAAUAGGAUGGCUAAAGACAGUACAGUAUGGGGAGCACAGAGAUAACAUUAGGUGGUCUGGCUGGCUGGCUGGCUGCUACUGCCUGAGCAGAGAUGAAAUGAUGACUAAGUCAUCAAAUAAAAACCUAAGUAAUGUAUUCAACUUAAAUAUCUUAUUAUUGAUAGUCAUUUACUAUUUUUGUGUUGAUGUCUACCCAAUGUGGACCUGACCUGACAUAAUAAUUUAGUAAUUAUUUCAUAAUGCAUUUCAUGUUUUGAAAAAUAAUCUAAAUCAAAUCAAAACGUGAUUAUUUUUUCAUAAACGAACCAACCUCAAAAAGCACUAAUCACCUUCAACUGCUGUGUAAAUGCUGUCAGUGGAUCCUGUCACACUGUUGGUGUGUUUAGAGAGAACUACCGCGCGAUUACGUCCAGGUGGUAUCAUGUGAUCCCCCGCUGUGGGGCUGCAGCCAUGGGAAGAUAAUGGACUGCUACUCUGGGCUGGAGAAAGUGCUGAUGAAUAAUUUAGAGACCUCAUGCCAUGUAGUGUGUGCCACUGGUUGAGUCCUGAGAGAGAUUAACGUGUAACUUCUGCCUUUAAAACAUGUCAGGCGUUUAGUUAAUGUGUGUGAACAUUCCAUUCAGUCAAAAAAAAGGACUCAUUCAUACCAAACCCUGUGCAACAGUAGGUGAAUGUAGUGAAAUAUACUUAAGGCACUGCCAGUAAAAUGGUAGCUAGUGCCUGAUGACUUACGACGCUGUUAAGGCAUAGUAAAUAAUAAUGGAGGAGAUUUAUGACUGCUUUAAUGAUAAUUGUAUCAUAUUUAAUGUAUGAUAACAUUAGUAAACCAUUUAAAAUGGUUCAUUAUUGUAAAACGGUUAGCCCUCCAUUGAUGUGUAUCAUUACAUAAUGGAUCACCACAGUCUUUCCAUCCUCUUUGUUUAACUCACUGAAUGGGCGUCGCUCAGUGAAGGUUUUGAUUGAUUUGUGUUACAUCCGAUACCUCAAGCUGCUGUUUUACACGUCCUGGCUAUGCUCCCAUGAAUCAGGUGAUUAGUAUAGCUCACAAUAGCUUUUAUCACAGAGGUCAGAGGCUGGUCAGUUUUCACAUCUCCAUAACUGCAUUAGUUCAUGACAUCAUCUGAUAAACCAGACAGAACUUUACCAAUGGCUCAGUGCACUUACCAAUUGCUAAGCCCCACCCCCAUUGGUUACGGUUGCAACCUCGGACAACAUUUUCCUGGGAAGCCCAAUUCCCCAUUCAACCACUGCCGAAAUCCCCUCAUAAUGAUCUCAAACUGUUAGCUAGCCACUGAAUGCCUCUGAAUUCAUUUUUGCCAUAGCCCUCACUGGCUUUCAUGCGAUAUAAACUUGAGCUUAUCUGAGGUGUAGGACUUGACACAGUUGCUAUCCAUUGGAGUGCUGCAAUUGGUUGGCCAAAAUUCUGGGGCGGGGCUUAGCAAAAGGUCAAUUGAUAAAGUUAUGUCUAAUAGUUGUUGUUGUAGAAAGUGUUGGAAUGGUUCUAAGAGGUUAUGUAGACUGUGGGUGAGUGGAGUAGACCUCUCAUUCUCCAGUCUGGCCUUUGUCUGCUGUGUGUGUGGACCAUUGUGUCUGGGGCAAUGGCUGCUACAAUGACUCUUCCUCUUAGGAACAACACUGGAGCAGAGCUCAAUAGAGUAGGCAUUUGUUUUCCUCACAUCAUCCUGUAAUACAAAUAGUGUGGUCAGAUUUGAAUUGCUUGCGGAGAAGUUGCCGUCUGAGGACCACACUUUUUGAAAAAGAGCUGAUUUAAAAAACCUGAUGUAGUUUAUGCUGCAGAUUUAUCUGUCAAACAUGUAUGCCAAACUGAAUCUCUUACAAAAAAUGAGGAAGUCCCUUCAGUUUAAUGAUGAAAAACAAUUGAUAAGAAUUAUUGCACUGGUUAGCAUUGCACCACAGUAAUUGAGAACCUAAAGAGCUUUCACAAGGUUGUAAAGAGAAUUUCUGCUGUGAAGGAUAUCUGUAAUUGAGUGGUCCUUUUACAUGUGAAUUAAGCUCACAAUUUACAUAAUAGAAUUUCUGAAUAUAUCCACUGUGAAAUCCACUCAUCUUAUUGCCCAGUUAAAUGAAAUGACAAGUUUGUGCAUGCAACAGAGAGUAGCUGGAAUCAAUGUGUCUCGCAAGCACCCUUGCGAAACUUUAUUUUCAUCCAGCUCCAAAGAAUUUGACCUCAAGUCUCCCUCCAUUAAAACAUUGAUGUUUUCAGGUUUGAGUGUUACCCUGAAACACGCAUAACAUCGAGGGGAAACAUUGGUACAGUGUAUAGUAACUGUGUAUGUAAUUUCUCUCUCCUCAGAUUCUGAUUGAGUUCUGUGCGGGAGGUGCUGUCGAUGCAGUCAUGUUGGGUGAGUAUGGAUUUUCAAAAAGAUUUACAAAGUAAGUGAAAAAAGGAAUACAUGGAAAAUUACGGCGUCCCUCUGUCCUCAAAGAAAGUCAGAUCAUCACAAAUGUUAUUUUUAUUUCAUUACAAAACAGCCAGUGUAGAAUAUGUUCCCUCCACCCAGUUGGGAGUGGUCAAAGUGUAUAAUUAUCAUAGUUCCCAUUUCUAGGAGUGGUUAGUCCAGUUUUAAUGCCUCAGUACUUUCUGUUGUGUUAUUUUGAAGUUUUAAGGAACCUCCCACCAUUGGUUUAGAGUUGAAUUGGGACUUGCUGAUUUAUAUUUUAGGCAUUUAGCAGACACUCUUAUCCAGAGCGAUUUACAGGAGCAAUGAGGUUUAAGUGCCUUGCUCAAGGGCAUAUUGACAGUUUUUUCACCUAGUCGGCUCAAGGAUUCAAACCAGCGGCCUUUUGGUUACUGGCCUUAUGCACUUAACCACUAGGCUACACAAUCAAGCCAAUCAGAUAUGACUGGGUGUCAGUCUUUACACUGUGAGAUGUAAAAUAUGAAAUUAAUCUGAGGCUUUGAGUUGAGACCACAUGUCCUCCAUUUUGUAACAGCACACUGUCAUUCUAUUAUACCACACAGUUUAUUUCACGACCAACUAUGACUCCCCUCAAGUCAACUCUAGCUUGUAUUUCUAUUUUUAGCGAGUAGAUUACAAUUCACACAGGCUGAUAAUGAUAGCACAAAUAGCCUGUUUUGUGUAAUGAGUUUACAUAUAGGCUGCUACCCUUCUUCACUCUAAGCAUGUAAGUCACAGGAGGCUGGUGGCACCUUAAUUGGGGAGAACAGUCUCGUUCUAAUGACUGGAGCUGAAUAAGUGGAAUGGUAUCAAACACAUGGUUUACAGGUGUUUGAUGCCAUUCCAUUUGCUCCGUUCCGUCCAUUAUUAUGAGCUGUCCUCCCCUCAGCAGCCUCCUGUGAUGUAUGUAUAGGUGGGAGGUGUUGUUAAAGAGCCACUGAAUAUGCCGAUCGGCACUUGUGUUUUUCUGUUGCUCAUUAGAAAAACGCUAUUUCAGUUUGGAGGUGUGUUUCCUGACCUAUUUCGCCUUUGGUUAAUGAUGUUUGUCCCCCAUGAGACAUUGUAGACGCAAAAGCCUAUUUCACUUCCUCAAAAUCCCCAGAAUGAAUCUUAAGAUGAAACAAGAUAUCUGUAAUUAAUGUUGAUGUUUUUGCUGAGGAUGUUUGAGUUGCGCAAUUUUACAUCUUAAGGUGUUUGUUGCAGUAUUUCUCAAGUAAAAUAAAUUGCGACAUGUUCUUUAAUGUAAACCUGCUGGGCAGGUAUGUCUCAUCGUCUAUGCUAUUGGAUAGAGCGCAAUCACCGCAGCUCUUCACCCCAUGUUAGUGGGCAAAUGGACAUCAUCAAAUCAAAAUCCAACCUUCAUUUAACUGUUGUGACGUAUGGAUGGUCCAAACUCCGUUUUUAGAUUAGACUGACUUUAUGACCUAAAUUAUCCUAUUUACACUUUGUUGUCAAUUUUGACACUAGAAUAACUGUUUCUGACUCGAUUACACAGGUUGUUUUUCCAAAGGGAUUUGUUGCUUUUUAAAAGCAGUCACUCUUUAAACAGAUAUGAAAUGUCAUGGUUGAACCUCUUCUGUUGGAACAGGAGUGGUCCAGUGUUGUGACUCACUCUUCCAUGCUGUUGGUCCAGUCAUGACUGCUGGCUGUAGGAAGAUGGGCGUGGAGCAGUGUUCUUUUGCAGUUGCUAAGGGUUACAGCCCCAUGUCUCCAAAUUGUUAUGUCUAGUGUGUGUUCACCAUGUACUAUGAAGGAUACAGUACAUAAAGCAUAGGUAAAACCUUUAUGAAAUGUCAACAAACGACACAAAGUUCCAGUGGAUAGAGAUUUGUGGUACACUAAAUUCAUGUGUCUGCUUCGUCUAUGCCUCUGCAGAGCUUGAGAGGCCUCUGACAGAGCCCCAGAUCCGGGUGGUGUGUAGGCAGACGUUGGAGGCCCUGGCCUACCUUCAUGAGAUCAAGGUCAUCCACAGAGACCUGAAGGCUGGGAACAUCCUCUUCUCACAGGAGGGGGACAUCAAAUUGGGUAAGGCCUUGCCUCGCUGGACCUCUAUUGGCUCUUUGUCUAAGAACAUAUCCUACUGUAUUUCAUGAGUAGUAGGCUGUCCUCUGUUGACUUGAGAAUAGGUUUAACUGGUAUCCUGAAAAUAUAUUGUUAAAAUGUCCUUAAUGUGACACUCCUAAUAGGCUUUAAGCUUAGGAAAGUGUGGUGUUACUACCCCUUUACUUUGAGGGCCUUUGCAUCCAGCCCAGGAGAGAAUGUAGUGGACUGGUCACUGGCCUGAUAUGUGUUGUUAAAAAUACAGGAUUCAUAAAUAUAAUAACCUAAUGCACCACUUGUAAUGUGGGGGAAAGUUCAAAAUAGUGAUGAUUCAUCAUCAUUAUUGGCAACAUGCAGGCUGCAAAUGUAUGUAAAUGAAGCCUUGGAUAUGUAAAUGUUGCAGUUGAGUUAAGUGAUGGCACCCAUAGCUACAGUUUCCAUGAUGAUUCAUAUGAUGUAGGCAUACGGAGGGUCAUGACGGGGCUAGGCGUAGCCUUAAUUAGCAGGCAGUCGCUAGGGACACAACAUGCUUCAUUUUAUCUCUCACAUGUACACUAAGACUGCAGUUAGAGGCAAAGUAACAUUCAGAAAUAAUCACAAGGUAGUGUCGCAAUGACAGGCUCCAAGUACAAAAUUAAGGAGUAUAUUGUGAAUGUGGAUGUAUAUUAACUUAGAUUUCUUAUAAAAACAUAAUUAAAUGCUCUUAAGCCAUAUAUAAACCAAGUAGCAGCAAUACAAGUCAUUGUGGUGACAUCACCAUACACAUCCAUUAAGUCUCUCUGUCAUUCUCCAUCUCCACCCAACUGCCAAACUACUAAAUUCUGAAUCAAUGUCUGUUUUCAGCUGACUUUGGCGUGUCCGCUAAGAAUACCAUGACGCUACAAAGAAGAGAUUCUUUCAUUGGCACUCCAUAUUGGUGAGUCAUGCUGUUCUGAUUCUUUACGUAUAAAUUUUUAUAGCUUCUGAUUUGAACUGAACAAAACUUGUAUGAGGAGUAUUUCAUAUCCACGGGGCAACCAUUUGUUUCGCAGCGAUGAUGUCAAGCUAAUUACCAGUAUAUUACUGUAGGGGUGAAUGAAAAAGCUCUUUCAGAAUGUCCAAUGCACUGACUCAUGUUCCAAAUACCGUAUUUUCCGUACUAUAAGGCGCACCGGAGUAUAAGCCGCAGCAGCUAAAUUGAAUGAUAUUGAAUGAUGUGUACAUAUAUAAGCCGCACUGGACUAUAAGCCGCAGGUGUUUUAAUGUUUAAUUACCAUAUGUAAGGGUUCGUGCACAGAGGGGAUUGUCGGGAAAGAGACAAACUGUCUCGCUCUCGUAAUGUCUGUCUGUCUUGCUCUCGUUCUGUCUCUCGUACCACUCUCGGUUCCACUUUUACUUUUGCGCGCUACCUGUCUCACUCUUUUCCGGCCUCCAGCUUUUCCUGCUGGAGCCCGCCGCUUAAAGGUGGGGGGCGCGGACCGGUCAUAGAGCCCAUAGAGUUAAAGUUGGUGGACUGUAACCUGUAAAAUCCAUAGAUUUAGGAGGUCUUCUAGUGGCCGUUAGCUGUAAAAAUCCAUAGAUUAGCCGCACCGUUAUAUAAGCCGCAGGGUCGAAAAAUUGGAAAAAAGGCGCGGCUUAUAGUCCGAAAAAUACGGUAGUAUACUCUUUGAAAAUCACACCAGAACACACACCCAGUGUACACACAAACACACUAGCUUUCACCUACACACACACACACACACACACAUAAACUAAUGGAACACUUGGGCAUUCACUCACUCACUCUCGCAUGCACAACACACACAAACACCAGGGUUUCCGUUAGGAAAAUAUGGUGCCGGACAUUUGACCGGCAGCAUUUUAAUUUACCGGACAUUUGAGAAAUUUACCAGACACAUAUGCAUUGGGUGCGUAACCUGAUUAGGGCGUCCACCCACAGUGCUCAGAAUGACAAAAAUCAAAUUUAGAUUAUGGCCAUUUAUAUUAACAGAAAAUGCAAGUCGAGAAUGCAACGAUGUGCGGUCCUUACCUCAUUCUGAUGCGCACUUUGAAGAUGUUAGAAUAACUGUCCACAUUUACAUUAGCCAACAAGAUGAGUAAAGAACAGCAAAAAUCACUAGCCUAUGUCAAUCUCCUAUCCCCCAUAGUAGAAAAGUUUACCUAUUCUAUUGGGCAGCUUGUCGAGAAAGAAAUAGCCUAUUCCAAACAGACUCUGGAACAGUUGUGUGACGUUAGAUCCCACAUUUAUACAACCAGUACAGUGAGGGAAAAAGUAUUUGAUCCCCUGCUGAUUUUGUAUGUUUGCCCACUGACAAAGACAUUAUGGGUCUAUAAUUUUAAUGGUAGGUUUAUUUGAACAGUGAGAGACAGAAUAACAACAACAAUAUUAUAAAUUGAUUUGCAUUUUAAUGAGGGAAAUAAGUAUUUGACCCCUCACAUGACUUAGUACUUGGUGGCAAAACCCUUGUUGGCAAUAACAGAGGUCAGACGUUUCUUGUAGUUGGCCACCAGGUUUGCACACAUCUCAGGAGGGAUUUUGUCCCACUCCUCUUUGCAGAACUUCUCCAAGUCAUUAAGGUUUCGAGGCUGACGUUUGGCAACUCGAACCUUCAGAUCCCUCCACAGAUUUUCUAUGGGAUUAAGGUCUGGAGACUGGCUAGGCCACUCCAGGACCUUAAUGUGCUUCUUCUUGAGCCACUCCUUUGUUGCCUUGGCCGUGUGUUUUGGGUCAUUGUCAUGCUGGAAUACCCAUCCACGACCCAUUUUCAAUGCCCUGGCUGAGGGAAGGAGGUUCUCACCCAAGAGUUAACGGUACAUGGCCCCGUCCAUCGUCCCUUUGAUGCGGUGAAGUUGUCCUGUCCCCUUAGCAGAAAAACACCCCCAAAGCAUAAUGUUUCCACCUCCAUGUUUGACGGUGGGGAUGGUGUUUUUGGGGUCAUAGGCAGCAUUCCUCCUCCUCCAAACACGGCGAGUUGAGUUGAUGCCAAAGACCUCGAUUUUGGUCUCAUCUGACCACAACACUUUCACCCAGUUAUCAUCUGAAUCAUUCAGAUGUUCAUUGGCAAACUUCAGACAGGCCUGUAUAUGUGCUUUCUUGAGCAGGGGGACCUUGCGGGCGCUGCAGGAUUUCAGUCCUUCACGGCGUAGUGUGUUACCAAUUGUUUUCUUGGUGACUAUGGUCCCAGCUGCCUUGAGAUCAUUGGCAAGAUCCUCCCAUGUAGUUCUGGGCUGAUUCCUCACCGUUCUCAUGAUCAUUGUAACUCCACGAGGUGAGAUCUUGCAUGGAUCCCCAGGCCAAGGGAGAUUGACAGUUAUUUUGUGUUUCAUCCAUUUGCGAAUAAUUGCACCAACUGUUGUCACCUUCUCACCAAGCUGCUUGGCGAUGGUCUUGUAGCCCAUUCCAGCCUUGUGUAGGUCUACAAUCUUGUCCCUGACAUCCUUGGAGAGCUCUUUGGUCUUGGCCAUGGUGGAGAGUUUGGAAUCUGAUUGAUUGAUUUCUUCUGUGGACAGGUGUCUUUUAUACAGGUAACAAACUGAGAUUAGGAGCACUCCCUUUAAGAGUGUGCUCCUAAUCUCAGCUCGUUACCGGUAUAAAAGACACCUGGGAGCCAGAAAUCUUUCUGAUUGAGAGGGGCUCAAAUACUUAUUUCCCUCAUUAAAAUGCAAAUCAAUUUAUAACAUUUUUGACAUGCGUUUUUCUCGAUUUUGUUUGUUGUUAUUCUGUCUCUCACUGCUCAAAUAAACCUACCAUUAAAAUUACAGACUGAUCAUUUCUUUGUCAGUGGGUAAACGUACAAAAUCAGCAGGGGAUCAAAUACUUUUUUCCCUCACUGGAGGCCUAGGCUACAUAAAAAAUCUAAAUAAAUACAAAAAAAAGCCAUGAGUCUGAUGAAACAGAUCAGAACAUUCAGCUUAAAAUGUUGAUUAACUAUUAUUUCUUCACAUUAUAAGCUUAGCAAUGAGCACAAGGCAGUAGACUACAUGUGAAUGUUCCUUCCAUAACGCAAUUAUUGGGAAAACACUUGUCAAAAGCGCAUUGCACAUGCGAGCGGCUUCAUGUGACAGAAAUUUAGAAAGAGGGGAGAUCUAAUAUGCAAAAACUAGCAUGGGUUGCUAAUACUCUAGGAUUGUGCGUUUGGCUACUGGACAAUGAAAGACAGUUGAUAUAAAAGAAUUGCCUCCAUGGAUAUGGUCUGAUUUUGGCUAGGCUAUUUUGAAGCAAGGUAAGACAUGCCUUAUGUGUAGUAAAACGUUCAAGUUUCAAACAAUUAAGUAUAUGUUUUCAAAAUGCAUACUGCCUCCAGCUCAUUGCAAAGUGGUGUGUGACGCGCUGAUGAAGCCUGCCUUCCAUUGCCUAUGCAAUUUCUGUUUGAAAUGCUGUAGCAGCAGCUCUCGCGUGGUCGUACAGAUUUUUCACUCAAAGGCUCUGUAUCUGUAUGCUGUACGCGUGUGAUAAAUAAGAUACAUAACGAAUAUACUGUACACGUGCCAAUUUAAUUUGGCUAAAUUAUGCAAAUUACCUAUAGAGAGAUAAGCAUGACCGGUCAAAAGUGCCUUUGGAAAGUAUUCAGAUUCCUUUACUUUUUCCAAGUAUAACUUCUGGAGGAGACCUGGCACCAUCCCUACGGUGCACCAUGGUGGUGGCAGCAUCAUGCUGUGGGGAUGUUUUUCAGUGUCAGGGACUGGGAGACUAGUCAGGAUCGAGGGAGAGAUGAAUGGAGCAAAGUACAGAGAGAUCCUUGAUGAAAACCUGUUCAGGACCUCAGACUGGGGCGAAGGUUCACCUUCCAACAGGACAAAGACCUUAAGCACAUAGCCAAGACAACGCAGAAGUGGCUUCGGGACAAGUCUCUGAAUGUCCUUGAGUGGCACAGCCAGAGCCCGGACUUGAACCCGAUCGAACAUGUAAAUGUAUAUUUCAGUUUUUAUUUUAUUUUUGUUAUGCAAACAUUUCUAAAAUCCAGUUUUUGCUUUGUCAUUAUGGGGUAUUGUGUGUACAUUGAUGAGGGGGAAAAAAACUAUUUAAUCCAUUUUAGAAUAAGGCUGUAACAUAACAAAAUGUGGAAAAGGUCAAGGGGUCUGAAUAUUUUCCGAAGGCACUGUAUUUCCAUCGACUGGUUAUUUCCAUCAGGAAACAGGAUUUUUUCUUCUUCUCCCGGACAACUGGCCGGAGCCAAUUGUAUUAAUCGUCUUUUUCAAGUUUAUUAUCAGCCAAAAGCCGGCUAUUACCGACUAACGUAAACCCUGACACACACGUACACAUACUAACACAACCUCUCUCUCCUCUGGUUCUCCAGGAUGGCUCCAGAGGUGGUGAUGUGUGAGACAUCUAAGGACCGUCCGUACGACUACAAGGCUGACAUCUGGUCCCUGGGGGUCACCCUGAUUGAGCUGGCACAGAUAGAACCUCCCAACCACGAGAUGAACCCCAUGAGAGUCCUGCUGAGAAUAGCCAAGGCCGAUCCGCCCACACUCAUGCAGCCUUCACGCUGGUGAGAGUGUAGAAUAAUGUUAUAGCGAGUGAUGGAAUGAGUCAGGACUGGUGUCGUAGAAACAGACCCUAGACCAGGUGAUGGAACACAGUGAAUUGUAGUCUGAAAUAUGUAUCCCCCUCUGUUUGGCAGGUCACCAGAGUUCAAUGACUUUCUGAGGAAGGCGCUGGACAAGAAUGUGGACCGUAGGUGGGGCACAGCACAGCUCUUGCAGGUGAACGACUCGGCAUGUCCGAUAACCUGCAUAUAUAAAAAAGAAAAAAACUUGCUUUAUUGUUUCCAAGCCUUCUUUCCAUCUAUUGUCACAUGCGAAGAACAAACAUCUUGAAUACCCCGCCCUAACACUUAUUUUAAAGUGUGUGCUGAUGUCACACGUAUGCCCCUGUAUUGACUACAUGUUGUGGGAUAAUUUACUACCUUGUAUUGAUUGUAUUGUGUUUCCCCACCACUCCAUACAGCAUCCCUUUGUUAGCAGUGUAGUUGACAACAAACCUCUGAGAGAACUGAUUGCUGAGGCCAAUGCUGACGUCUUAGAGGAAAUUGAAGAAGGUAAAGAGGAAGAGGAAGAAGAAGAGACGGAUGCAACUCUGGUAUGUAGUAUACCACACUGUUUUCAUCAUUCAAUAUGGAAUAGUGUCAUAAAAGGUCAUAAAGUCUCCCAGCAUUGAUUGGCCAUGUGUUUUCCCUGUUUCUGUGAAGGUGGUGCCCGGACAUAAGCGAGCGCCAUCAGACACCAGCAUGGUCAGCUCUGAGGAUGAGAAGCUCUCCGAGACCACCUCUACACUGGACUCAGUCACAGAGAAGACAGAGCCUGAGACUGCAGAGGAUAAGACCAGUGAUAAGCUGUCUGACGAUGGCCUGGGGACCAGUGUGGUCGACAGGGCAGAGGGUGAGAAACUGAACGAGGUGUCUGAUGCCAGUAAUGAGGACUUAAUCAAUGGACAGGUGAAGCCCAUGGAGCCCAAACCAGAGGAAAGCCCUGCAGGAAAGCUUGAGGAGAUUCCUGACCGUCAGAUCACCAUUGUGUCAGAAGCACCAUCAGACACACAGGAGAGUGUGAUUGUGAGUGAGGAGACGGGGGAAGAGGAGAAAGUAGAGGAUGGACCUCUACAAGUAUUCGUGGAGGAAAGAGUAGAAGUAGAGGAGCAUCAGACAGAAGAGGAGGAGGAGGAGAAGGUGAAGAGGGAACCAAUCACAGAGGAUCCAGAGGUGAUUCUCCAGCCUCCCACCGAAUUCACAGAUCCAGGGGACCAGCCUAGUAGUGCUUUAGAGGAACCUGGCGCCGUGUCGACAGAGGUCAAUGCUAAACCAGAGGAGACUGAGAAGGAGACACUCAUAGAGGAGAUGACAGAGGAGGUUAAACCAGAGGCUGAUGGGGUCACAGACAUAAACACAGACACCGACGUGAUUGAAGACACAGACGCAGACAACACAGAAUCGGACGUCAACACAGACGCAGAGGUAGAUGCAGCUGAGGGCUCCACAGAGGUCUCUGCAGACACAGAACCCCAAAGAGACAAUAAUGUAAUACCGGUGGUGGUUCUUGAGGAGGGGACAACAGAAGAAAGGGAGGAGAAGCCACCAGCUGAGGAAGCGCGAUCCCAGAAUACCGUUUCGGAGUCAAAGACCGACCAGGAAAGCACUCCUGUUAAGUCGAAGCCAGAUGUGGAGAAGGACUUGGACUCUGGGAGCAGCUCUGCAGCCGAUAGCAACAGCAUGGACCUCAACCUGUCCAUCUCCAGUUUCCUGUCCAAAAAGGCUGAGUCGGGAUCUGUGUCCAUACAGGUAACAAGGCAGAAGUUGACCAAUGAUGACAAAUGUGUCCCAGAUACAGGAUGUACAGUGUCAUUCAAGUGAACAUCCUAUUUAAGGGGCCAAAAUAUGCACUUCAAUUCAGACAUUACAUAAAACAAUAUCCUUUUCUCCGCAGGACACGAGACGGCAGAAGAAGACUCUGAAGAAGACCCGUAAGUUCAUGGUGGACGGAGUAGAGGUCAGUGUGACCACGUCAAAGAUAGUCACCGAUAACGACACCAAGAACGAGGAGAUGAGAUUCCUGAGGUAGGUCUCUCCUCUGUACCGUGACUAAAUAUGGCAUGUGACCCAUUUCGGAGUCCUGCCAUAAAUAGUUAUCAUUCAUUGCUCAGUUCCCUGGCUUUUACAACUCCAAGAUUGAUGAACAACGAUGAAAGGUAGACUUUUAUGGUCUAUUUUGGCCAUAUAUUUUAAAGAGCAGUGGAAAAAAUACUCACCUGCUCCAUCUCAAAUGUCAUCUGUUGUUCCUCUUUUGGUGUCAAGAGUUGACCUUCUUGUGAUUCCCUGACCUGAGAGCUGGGUUCAUUCCAUUUUGACUCAAUUUCAAGUUAAAUCAGGAAAUUAACCGGUCACCUUACUCACCUAUGGACAGAUUCCAUGCCCCUCCAGGGAGUUAAAUAUAAUAUGUUACAAAUCAUUUGUUGGAAGGUGGAAAUCUGUUGAGUCCAAUUGUGAACUGUUAUUGUGUGUUGUCAGGCGCCAGGAGCUGCGAGAACUGCGUCUGCUGCAGAAGGAGGAGCAUAGAGCCCAGCAAGAGCUCAGCAACAAGCUGCAGCAGCAGAGAGAACAGAUCUACCGCCGCUUUGAGCAGGAGAUGACCGUGAGUCACCCAUCCUGGUGCAUCUAUCUGUGUGUGCUGUUGUUGUCGUCUAGGGAUGUCCCCUUGGAAACCAGAUGAUUCAUAUCAAUGGGUUUUUAUCCUGCACACAUAUUCAGAUAGAAAUGAAUAACAAAAUGAGUAACUGUUAUUCCCUCUGGUCAUGUUAGAAUACUUAAAAAUAUACAUCCCUCCGAAUCCUUUCACUGAUGUGACAGGGUUUUACUGGUAAAAGAAAUACAAUAAGAAACCUUGCUUUUCAGAAUCUGUUGUGAAUGUAUUGUUAUGUUUUAAAAAUGGUAUAAGUGCCUUAAUUUUGCUGGACCCCAGGAAGAGUAGCUGCUGCCUUGGCAGGAACUAAUGGGGAUCCAUAAUAAAUACAAAUACACUCAAAACAUGCAUUUGCCAUUCCACUAAGGAUCAAAUCAAAUCAAAUCAAAUGUUAUUGGUCACAUGCGCCGAAUACAACAGGUGCAGACAUUACAGUGAAAUGCUUACUUACAGCCCUUAACCAACAGUGCAUUUAUUUUUAACAAAAAAAGUAAAAAUAAAACAACAACAAAAAAAAAGUGUUGAGAAAAAAAAGAGCAGAAGUAAAAUAAAGUGACAGUAGGGAGGCUAUAUAUACAGGGGGGUACCGUUGCAGAGUCAAUGUGCGGGGGCACCGGCUAGUUGAGGUAGUUGAGGUAAUAUGUACAUGUGGGUAGAGUUAAAGUGACUAUGCAGUCAAAUCUGUCAACAGAAACUAAUCAACUCUAAUCACUCAAACAGUGGAUAGGCAUUUGUCUUGGUGAAAGCCUGAUCUUAAUAAUCCCAGGUGUGCUCCUCCAGGGUAAGAAGCGUCAGUACGACCAGGAGGUGGAGAACCUGGAGAAGAAACAGAAGCAGACCAUCGAGCGUCUGGAGCAGGACCACACCAACCGGCUGAGGGACGAGGCCAAACGCAUCAAGGCCGAGCAGGACAAGGAGCUCUCCAAGUUCCAGAACAUGCUCAAGAACCGCAAGAAGGAGGUAAGGAGCCAUGGGGCAUGUGGGGCUGUGCAUGUGCAACGCAUUCAACUCUUGUCAUGAAUGGAAAGGGCAUGAGACUGUUGGGGACUGGGGCUUGCUUACCGGAGCUGGUGUGCUGAUAUCUAAAUAAACUCCCAUUUUGCUUUGCUGUUGAUACCUUCCGUACAUUGGGGUAUACUUUAUAAAGGGUUUAUAAACCGUUUCUUAUAGUCUAUAGCUGUAAUAAGCCCAUAUCAUGCCUUUUAUCAUGAUUUCUUUGGGGUGCAACAUGGUGAUUCUCUGCUCAACAGCUUUGGCAUGCAACACUCUAUCCAAAAUGACAGUGGUGUUGCGGUAUUUUUUGAUACUAGUCAUGCAUACAAUAUGUGCUUUUUUUAUUCCAUGCCAUGGAUCUGAAAAUGAUGUGGCUUCUUUUGCCAAGUUCUAUAAAUCAUGCGUUCAGUUUUUUGUCUAGAGUACAUGCAAUGUAGCUUAGCUUUACUGUGUCUCUAAUUCAUACUGCUCUUAUAACUCCAUUAGCUAUCCGGGAAGCUUUAAGUAUUCUGCCAUGUUGGUGAAGUGUUCUCAGGCAACUCUCGUGGCCAAACCUAUCCAACUAUGUGAUGGUGGUUAUCUCAUACAUGCAUGGCAAUCCUACAGACCUGAUUAGACUGACUGCUCUCGCUGCUCAACUGAACAAAGCAACUACUUUGAACCUAUACAGGAUCUGCACUGGCUCCUGGAAUGAAUCUUUUAGAAUACAUAUUUUUUCUGGAAUAGUUGUUUUAUAUAUUGUUAAAUUACAUAUUGUAUUAUAUGGCUAUUAAUAUUGUAUUUUAAGGUAUAUUAGUCCAUACAUGUAUUUGACUGUACUGUAUUUAUAUGUAAGUAACCAUGUCUCUUGUGUGAGUGUGUGUGAGUUGGGUUUGGUGAUGGGAUGGAGGACUUUGGGAAACUAAUAUUGUUAAAGGCUCAAAGGAUUACAUCUUUGAUGAAACACUUCAGUGGCCUUGUGAAGUAUUGUAGCAGUUUAGGCCUUUUACAUUUACAUUUUAGUCAUUUAGCAGACUGACCAGUGAUCCCAAGGUUGAUGCACAUUCAAAUACCAAGAUGUCCCAAGAGAAUGUCCUGACAAAAGAAAACUGUUUGCAAGGGGUUUGGUCAGGAGAAACCUCUGGAAAUUAUUUUGUUGCCAUGUCUCAACAAAACUGCCUUAGUCUGUGGUCAAAACUAAAAUGAUAUUUUACACACUGGAUUAGUAGUGUGCACCUUCUUAGUGAUCACUGUGUACUGUGUAAGCAUUCUGUACUUACGAUUGAUUCUCUCUAAAGGACUUGCAUGGUGGGAAGGUAACACUAGGGAAUUAUUCCAGACUAACUUGUUUUCCUAUUUAACACUGCAAGCUGAUUUAAUCAUACAGGUAUCAAGUCAAAUCUGUCAACAGAAACUAAUCAACUCUAAUCACUCAAACAGUGGAACAAUUUAUUUGCUCUAAAGCUUUUGGAUACUCUACUAAUCAAACAAACGCAAAACAUUUCCUAAUUAAAUCAAACACCAACCACUUGGAGAUCUAGCAUGGAGACACUAUCAAUCAAACCAGGGUUUGUGGAUAUCUAAAGUAAUUUAUCAGGGCCUUGCAUGACUUUUCCCUAGUUAUUAUGACUGACGUACAUAGCGGUCCAGGAAACUACAACUCCCAGUUUUCCCACACUAUAGGUGAAACAGGAAGUUGAACAGUCACCCAAAUUCAUGAGGAGAGAGCUCAUGAAACUCUUAAAGGAAGACCUAUCUCUCAUUCAGACUGCAAAGGUAAAUGUCCACCUACUCACUCACUCACACGCGCGCACACACACACAUUUUCUCAACUCUUGUCCCACAAAUACACCGCUCUUCGAAUGUCUCAGAGCGUUGUUGAGGCAAGAUCUCAUCCCCCUUGUUCUUCUUUUUCCCUCAAUUUUUAAAAUGUUUGUUUUCAGGAGUUGGUUAGGUCAGUUCUUUACCUGACAGUGAAAGAAGGAGCAAAUCAGAAAGGUAGCAUGGAAGUUUAACACAGUGUUGUAUGGAUCGCUGGAAUAGAAGUGUGACUAGUAGUUCCUACUGCAUAGGCAACUCCAUCUGACCACGCAUGAAUAGGACAACAACAACAACACUAACCCAUCCUGUAUUCUUUAUGCAUAUGAAUAACCUGAAUUGAAUUAACUUUCUCCUCCUACCGUGUCAUGCCCCUCACUCCUGCUUUAGUCUACCCCUAAAACAGAAAAAGGUUUAGAAACUCAGGGAGAGUGUGUCUGGUGUGUGCGUGUGGUUGUUCCUGUGAUUUUGUGUGUUGACUGAAGGAGUGUCUUCAUGUGUUUCUCAGCCUGUGUUGUGGCGAGUGUCUGUCUGUCUUUAUGUGUGUGUGUGUGUGUGUGUGUGUGUGUGUGUGUUUUCCUCAAGCCUGCUGUGUGUAGCAUGUGCUCUCUCCCUGAUCUGGAUGAGUGCGCUGUGUGCUCUCCUCCACAGGGUGUGGCCCAGGUUAUGAUACAGUCUUUUCAGUUGUCCUCAUGUGCUCUCUUCAACGCUCAGAUGCAGGAUGUAAGUUGUCACCCCCUCUCCGUCUCUAUCGGCCUCCUGCUCACAUGUGCAUGUCUUCGUCAAAGUGUAAAGCUAGUGAGACUGCACAUGCGAGCAUUGUGGUGUUGAUGUAUUGCAGUGUUGUCACUGUGUUGGUGCAGUGGUACUUCUCCUUUUGUUUGAUAUCUCUUCUGCUACGCACUGUUACUGUACAUGUGUCCUGUAUGUUACGCCCCCACCUGUGACAUCACACUGUUUGGGAGACUACAACAGAGCUGAACCUUUUUUUAAAGAUUCUGAAACCCUUUUUUGUGGUGUGAUCCAAUGGAGAGUAGUUUAUGGUAACUCUAGGUUAUGCUAAUGCUCUUGGAUUAAAACCUAACAAGUUAAUAUGUAUAAUAUUGUAAAUGUUAUAGUAGUGUAGCCUGAUGAGAAAUAUCAGAUAAUUAAUCUUUGUUAAAGCUGCAAUAUGUAACUUUCUGGGCGACCUGACCAAAUUCACAUAGAAAUGUCAGUUAUAGAUCUGUCAUUCUCAUUGAAAGCAAGUCUAAGAAGCGGUAGAUCUGUUCUAUGGGCAUUAUUUCUAUGAUUCCCAUUCUUAAGUUUAGUUUUUGUGUCUUUUACUUUAGGUUUUGUACACCAGCUUCAAACAGCUGAAAAUACAAUAUUUUUGUUUAUGGAAAAUAUAUUUCACAGCAGUUUAGACGGUACAAUGAUUCUCUACACUAUACUUGCUUGUUUUGUCACAAACUGAAAUUAGGUAUUACUAUUAGAAUUUUAGCAACCAGGAAAUAGCGUAGCCAUUUCUGCAUAGUGAAUCUUUAAACUUCAUUUUCUACUGGAAAGCUUUUCCUCAGUGAUGUCUUCAGAAGGCAUGACCAGGAAAAUAACGUUGGUUUCAUGUUUAAUACUCAUGUAAACAUACCCCUCAACAACAAUAACCAGAAACAUUAUUUUACUCUAGUGAUGUUACGUAUAAUUUACUCUUUCUGUGAAUGUCAAUUUGGAUGUCGUCAUACAUGGAAACUGGAUCUCGACUGGGUUGUUAACAUUUUUGCUCUCUUUCCAUCCAUUCCAAUGUUGGAUAAUUCCCAUGACUUCUGACUGUCUCUUUGUUUUACUGACUGCAGUCAAUGAUGUGCUUCUUCUUUGGAGUGUAGUACUGUACUGUGUUGAUCUCUAAUAGUGGUUGGCAUGGUAUUUAUGAAAGUUCCUCCAUGUAGUCUGCACUGUUCUGGCUGUCCCUGGUGUGUGCUGCACAAUAAAUACAAUCUCUCAUGUUUGCCUCUUUCCUUCUCUCUCCCCUCUCUGUCGUCUACACUUAACCCCUGUCCUUUCUAAAUGUUCCCUAUCCCUGUCCCUCAUGUCUAUACUACACUCCCACCAUUUGGGUCUGCUUUUACCCCAACAUCUCCUGCAUCCCUCCUCCCCAUGCCCAUGUCUCAUCCCUCCUCCAUCUUCUGUCAAUUAACCCCCAUCUUCCCACGUAUUGUCCUCUUAUCCCUUUACCUUGCCCCACUUCCUCCCCUUAUCCCUGCUCACUCCCUUUCCAUCCCCCAUACCCUCUCUCUAUCUCCCCCUCUCUUCCCCUUCUCUCCAUCCUCAGGAGCAGGAGUUUCUGCAGAAGCAGCAGCAGGAGUUGGAUGGAGCCCUGAAGAAGAUCAUCCAGCAGCACAAACAUGAGAUCGCCACCAUCGAGAGAGACUGCCUCAACCACAAACAGCAGCUAAUGAGAGGUGAGAGAGAGAUUUACAGUACCAUAGAGAGCAAUAAUACAGCAAACUUAUCCACAUUCAACAGCUAAUGAGAGGUGAGAGAGAGAUUUACAGUACCAUACAGCAAAUUUAACCACAUACAACAGCUCAUGAGAGGUGAGAGAUUUACAGGACCAUAGAGAGCAAUAAUACAACAAACUUAACCACAUACAACAGCUCAUGAGAGAUGUGAGAGAGAUGUACAGUACCAUAGAGAGUUAUGAGCACAGCAACUUAACCACAGUUAUGAGAAAAAAUACAUAUUACCAUAGAGAGACUGCCUAAGAGAAAUCUAAAUAAUUGAACAUGACUUUGGCUACCUCAACGGGUGAAGGCCUUCUGUUAUAUGAAAGAUUUGAUGGUGAAAUAAUACUAUUGUAAAUGGUGAAGUUCUCAGUGGAGUGAUGUGUUACAACUUGCCCACCACAGUGAUGCAAUUUCCUGAAUGACUUAUUUGUGACAAGCCUGUCUCCAGAUGGUGCUCUUUACCGGAAAUGCUGCUCGUGUGUGUUGCGUGACCAUCCCGCCUGACGUGUCUCUGGUCUCCUCCCUCAGCUCGAGAGGCAGCCAUGUGGGAGCAGGAAGAGCGCCACCUGCAGGAGAAGCACCAGCUGCUCAAGCAGCAGCUCAAAGACCAGUACUUCAUGCAGAGACACCAGCUGCUCAAGAGACAUGAGAAGGUAAGGGCUCUGGGACCUACUGAACAGCUCUGGUGAAAUACAAUCCAUUAUUGUUAUUAUCUACUGUACAUCAGGAAAUCUGGACUGAGGGUAGAGAGUGAGGUGCAUUACAUUUUGACACUAAUGGGUGAUUUGAAAGUGUGCUGAAAGGUUAGAGCUGUCAUUUCAAUGCAUUUCAUUGUGGAUCCAGAUAAAGUAUUGAAAUGUGUUCUGUAGGAAAUGGAGCAGAUGCAGCGCUACAAUCAGCGUCUGAUUGAGGAGAUGAAGAACAGGCAGGCCCAGGAGAGAGGGCGUCUGCCUAAGAUCCAGCGGGGCGAUGCCAAGACACGCAUGGCCAUGUUCAAGAAGAGCCUCCGCAUCACCUCUGCACCUGGCACCCCAGAGCAGGAAAGGGAGAAGAUCAAACAGGUAUAUUAUAGUGUGUACACACAGUUAUUAUUCUUUUUAAACAGAAUAAUGUGAGAUGUGUGUUUGUUCCAGUUUGCAGCCCAGGAGGAGAAGAGGCAGAAGAAUGAGAGACUCCAUCAGCAUCAGAAACAUGAGAACCAGAUGAGGGACCUGCAGCUGCAGUGUGACUCCAACAUCAGAGAGUUGCAGCAGCUUCAGGUACAACACACACACACACUUGCCCCUACACACACUCACACAUUAUGUGGUUUCAUUUAGUUAUUAUGUGGGUUCAUUGGGUAUGUUAUACAAUGAAACCCAAUGAGCAAAGCUAGACAGUAGGUAUUUGGCACUCAACCAUAACAAACUUAAUCUGGGGCUUACACAUAGACUAUAUAGAUGGCGCCGAUAGACAUGGCCGCCUUGUUUCAGGCUCCUAAGCAACUUUGCAGUAUAUAUUUUUGCAGCCGGCAAAGGGGUAUUCGGAGUGGACUUUUAGUCCGACUCAGGAGCCGUGCACACCAUCCACCGCUUCCGAGUAUAUUACUCUGGACAAUAAAGUAGACGAGCUCAAGCCGAGGGUCUCCUUCCAGAGAGACAUCAGGGACUUUAACAUACUCUGUUUCACGGAUUCAUGGCUCUCUCCGGAUAUACUGUCCUCAUCCAUACAGCCAGCUGGGUUUUCAAUACAUUGUGCGGAUAGGAAUAAAGAAGUCUCUGGGAAGAAAAAAGGCGGAGGUGUAUGUUUCAUGAUUGACUACUCAUGGUGUGAUUGUGGUAAUGUAUAGCAACUAAAGUCAUUUUAUUCACCCGACCUAGAAUACCUCACAAUAAAAUGCAGACCUCAUUACCUCUCUAGAGAAUUUUCUUCGGUUAUCGUCACAGCCGUGUAUAUUCCCCCUCAAGCCGAUACCACGACAGCUCUCAAGGAGCUACACUGGACCUUGUGCAAACUGGAAACUGCAUAUCUGAGGAAAACGCUACCGAAGUUCUAUCAACACAUCGCCUACAGUACUCGCGCUUCAAAAACUCUCGACCAUUGCUGCUCUCACUUCGGGGAUGGCUACAAGGCCCUCCCCCAACCUCCGUUCUGCAAAUCAGAUUGCUCCUCCCUCCCAGAAACUUAAACAGGUAGUACCUGUGCUGAGGUCUAUUCAACGCUGGUUCGGCCAAUCAGAAUCCAGCCAAAAACAUUUAAACUCAGUUUUUCAGAAUUCCUGACAUUUAAUCCCAAUAAAAAUUCCCUGUCUUAGGUCAGUUAGGAUCACCACUUCAUUUUAAGAAUGUGAAAUGUCAGAAUAAUAGCAGAGAGAAUUAUUUAUUUCAGCUUUUAUUUCUUUCAUCACAUUCCCAGUGGGUCAGAAGUUUACAUACACUCAAUUAGUAUUUGGUAGCAUUGCCUUUAAAUUGUUUAACUUGGGUCAAACGUUUCGGGUAGCCUUCCACAAGCUUCGCACAAUAAGUUGGGUGAAUUUUGGCCCAUUCCUCCUGACAGAGCUGGUGUAACUGAGUCAGAUUUGUAGGCCUCCUUGCUCGCACACGCUUUUUCAAUUCUGCCCACACAUUUUCUAUAGGAUUGAGGUCAGGGAUUUGUGAUGGCCACUCCAAUAACUUGACUUUGUUGUCCUUAAGGCAUUUUGCCACAACUUUGGAAGUAUGAUUGGGGUCAUUGUCCAUUUGUAGGACCCAUUUGCGACCAAGCUUUAACUUCCUGACUGAUGUCUUGAGAUGUUGCUUCAAUAUAUCCACAUCAUUUUCCUUCCUCAUGAUGCCAUCUAUUUUGUGAAGUGCACCAGUCCCUUUUGCAGCAAAGCACCCACACAGCAUGAUGCUGCCACCCCUGUGCUUCACGGUUGGGAUGGUGUUCUUCGGCUUGCAAGCAACCCCCUUUUUCCUCCAAACAUAACAAUGGUCAUUAUGGCCAAACAGUUCUAUUAUUGUUUAAUCAGACCAGAGGACAUUUCUCCAAAAAGUACGAUCUUUGUCCCCAUGUGCAGUUGUAAACCGUAGUCUGGCUUUUUUAUGGUGGUUUUGGAGCAGUAGCUUCUUCCUUGCUGAGCGGCCUUUCAGGUUAUGUCGAUAUAGGACUUGUUUUACUGUGGAUAUAGAUACGUUUGUACCUGUUUCCUCCAGCAUCUUCACAAGGUCCUUUGCUGUUGUUCUGGGAUUGAUUUGCACUUUUUGCACCAAAGUACGUUCAUCUCUAGGAGACAGAAUGCGUCUCCUUCCUGAGCGGGAUGACGGCUGCAGGGUCCCAUGGCGUUUAUACUUGCGUACUAUUGUUAGUUAAGAUGAACGUGGUACCAUCAGGCGUUUGGACAUUUCUCCCAAGGAUGAACCAGACUUGUGGAGGUCUACAAUUUAUUUUCUGAGGUCUUGGCUGAUUUAUUUUGAUUUUCCCAUGAUGUCAAGCAAAGAGGCACUGAGUUUGAAGGUAGGCCUUGAAAUACAUCCACAGGUACACCUCCAAUUGACUCAAAUUAUGUCAAUUAGCCUAUCAGAAGCUUCUAAAGCCAUGACAUCAUUUUCUGGAAUUUUCCAAGCUGUUUAAAGGCACAGUCAACUUAGUGUAUGUAAACUUCUGACCCACUUGAAUUGUGAUACAGUGAAUUAUAUGUGAAAUAAUCUGUCUGUAAACAAUUGUUGGAAAAAUUACGUGUCAUGCACAAAAUAGAUGUCCUAACCGACUUGCCAAAACUAUAGUUUGUUAACAAGAAAUGUGUAGAGUGGUUGAAAAACAAGUUUUAAUGACUCCAACCUAAGUGUAUGUAAACUUCCGACUUCAACUGUAUGUAUAUACUGUAUUCUAGUCAAGUCCGUCCUAUUCAACUAUUGCUGUACAUAUACUAUUCUAUCCACGUCUUCUUCAGAUAUACUAUAUAUUCCAUCCACAUACUGUCCAUAGUGUCUUUACUUCCCAUCAUAUAUAUAUAUAUAUAUAUAUAUAUAUAUAUAUAUAUAUAUAUAUAUAUAUAUAUAUAUAUACACACACUACUGUUAAAAAGUUUGGGGUCACUUAGACAUUUCCUUGUUUUCGAAAGAAAAGCAAUUUUCUGUCCAUUAAAAUAACAUCAAAUUGAUCAGAAAUACAGUUUAGACAUUGUUAAUGUUGUAAAUGGCUAUUGUAGCUGGAAACUGCUGAUUUUUAAUGGAAUAUAUACAUAGGCGUACAGAGGCCCAUUAUCAGCAACCAUCAGUCCUGUGUUCCAAUGGCACGUUGUGUUUGCUAAUCCAAGUUUAUCAUUUUGAAAGGCUAAUUGAUCAUUAGAAAACCCUUUUGCAAUUAUGUUAGCACAGCUGAAAACAGUUGUGCUGAUUAAAGAAACAAUAAAACUGGCCUUCUUCAUUUUAGUCAUUUUAGCAGACGCUCUUAUCCAGAGCGACUUACAGUUAGUGAGUGCAUACAUUUUUUUUUUUCAUACUGGCCCCCCGUGGGAAUCGAACCCACAACCCUGGCGUUGCAAGCGCCAUGCUCUACCAACUGAGCUACACGGGGACUAGUUGAGUAUCUGGAGCAUCAGCAAUUGUGGGUUCGAUUACAGUCUCAAAAUGGCCAGAAAUACAGUUUAGACAUUGUUAAUGUUGUAAAUGGCUAUUGUAGCUGGAAACUGCUGAUUUUUUAUGGAAUAUUUACAUAGGCGUACAGAGGCCCAUUAUCAAAGCACUUUCAAAGCACUUUCUUCUGAAACUCGUCAGUCUAUUCUUGUUCUGAGAAAUGAAGGCUAUUCCAUGCGAGAAAUUGCCAAGAAACUGAAGAUCUCGUACAACGCUGUGCACUACUCCCUUCACAGAACAGCGCAAACUGGCUCUAACCAGAGUAGAAAGAGGAGUGGGAGGCUCCGGUGCACAACUGAGCAAGAGGACAAAUACAUUAGAGUGUCUAGUUUGAGAAACAGACGCCUCACAGGUCCUCAACUGGGAGCUUCAUUAAAUAGUACCCGCAAAACACCAGUCUCAACGUCAACAGUGAAGAGGCGACUCCGGGAUGCUGACCUUCUAGGCAUAGUUGCAAAGAAAAAGCCAUAUCUCAGACUGGCCAAUAAAAAGAAAAGAUUAAGAUGGGCAGUCUGAGAUAUGGAUUUUUCAUUGCAACUCUGCCUCGAAGGAGUGGCUACGGGACAAGUCUCUGAAUGUCCUUGAAUGGCCCAGCCAGAGCCCAGACUUGAACCCGAUCGAACAUCUCUGGAGAGACCUGAAAAUAGCUGUGCGGCGAUGUUCCUCAUCUAACCUGACAGAGCAUGAAAGGAUCUGCAGAGAAAAAUUUGAGAAACUCCCCAAAUACAGGUGUGCCAAGCUUGUAGCAUCAUACCCAAUAAUAAUUGAGGCUGUAGUCGCUGCGAAAGGUGCUUCAACAAAGUACUGAGUAAAGGGUCAUUUCUACACCUGUUUUUGCUUUGUCGUUACGGGGUAUUGUGUGUAGAUUGAUUAGGGGAUAAAAAAUAAUAAAAAAUUAAUCAAUUUUAGAAUAUGGCUGUAACGUGGAAAAAGUCAAGCGGUCUGAAUAUUUUCCGAGGCACUAUAGGUAGCUCCAGUUGGUCACCCUGUUCCUGCUGUUGUGUGUUUCAGAAUGAGAAGUGCCAUCUCCUGAUUGAACACGAGACUCAGAAGCUGAAGGAGCUUGAUGAAGAACACAACCAGGAGCUGCAGGAGUGGAGGGAGAAACUACGGCCCAGGAAGAAGGUGAAAGAGAAAGACGUCAACAUGAAGAUAACCCUCUUAUUUGAUCAUCCUUUAAAGUUUCAGGCUGCGUCGCGAUUCUCCCAAAGUGCACUUGCAUGGAUGUAACAAUCGUGGAGACUUCCUCUAGCCAUUGAUUACACCAAUCCGUUGCUUUUAAAUCCAUGACUGGAAGUUUGUAAGUGCACAGUGUGGAGAAUCAGGAUACAGCCGGUCAGCCUCAGUGUAAUCUGUUGUUUUGGAUGUUUGACUGUCUUGUCUUUCCUCUUCUGCCACUUGUAGGCCUUGGAGGAGGAAUUCACGCGCAAGCUCCAGGAGCAGGAGGUCUUUUUCAAGAUGAGCGGGGAGUCGGAAUGCCUUAACCCAACGACCCAGAGCCGAGUUUCCAAGUUCUACCCCAUCCCUAGUGUGCACAACUCUGGUUUAUAG